UUCCAUUUUCUUUCACACAUUGCUGAUUGAGUGUUUGAAUUAUUCUGCAAAUUUGUAUUCGAAGAGAACAUCAUAUGAAGAAAAUAAAAAUUUUAUUUGAACCUAAUUAGGUUGGUAUAACGAACUGCUUCCGCUUACUUCCCUCUCCACCUCCCUCUCUCUUAAUGCUAGGUUGUUAAGCUUUCCACUGGCCCACGUCUUGGUCUCUCGUAGUUCCUUUCAUUUGCUGCAGUUCCGCUAUGCUGCCACAGUGAAAGGGAAAUAACGCCGGCAGACUGCUGCUGCGACUGCUGCGAUCUUAAACUUUAUUACCGCCACAAUUGUUGUUUUACCGCAGCAUUUUUUCUGUCCAAUUUCGUUAACAACUUUUCGCCGCUUUUCUACAUUGCUUUUAUUAUUGUAUAAAAUUCAGAUCAGUCUAAUGUUGAUCAACAGUCGGUAUAAGGUGAUAGUGCGGCACACAACUGCCAGCAGCAUUCGUAGCUUUAGUCCUGCUUAGUCAAUUCAAACGGAUAUAAAUCUGCACGUACAUACCUACAUCUUCGUAAUGCUGUCACAAAGAACUAUGGAAUACUUGACUUAUUUGGGAUUAUUCAUUCUGCUCCUGAGAUUCCAUGAUUCCGAUGCCGCUACGGUUCACACUUUCGAAGAGCUUUCCAGCGAAAAUAGUCUAAAAGCGCCACCCGCCUCGCAUCCCCCGCCCACCGAGACCACAGGAACGAGCAAUAGCAACAACAAACGUGACGUAAUUAAACGCGCAUUUGAAGAGUGUAGAACACAGCUGAGUUGGAUGUGUUUGAAAAUUGAAUUUGUGAAAAUGAUGGAGCGUUUGAUGGAAAAGGACGAGCUGAAGCUAGUGCCUGGAGUGAGUGUAGUGCGAAAUGUCAAUGCCACGGAGCUGAAGAGCAACGAUUUAAUGGCAGAAGUUGCACGAAGCUACCCGAAUGACCCUAAUUCACGACUCAAUGGAUACAUUGUGAGUAAAUUGAGUAGUUUCCUGCAAACACAUUUUCUCCGCUUAAAAUUGAUCGACAGCCAAACAAUGUCGGAGGCGCGUUCGGCUGUGGGGACAGGACGUAAAGGAAAAUUUGGCAAAAAAGGUGGUUUGGAGGCGCUCAUCGCUGCUGGUCUAAUGAUGAAGGGAACUCUAAUGGCCAUUGGUAUGGGUGCUGUUGCGUUAAUGGCUGGCAAAGCACUCAUGACAGCACUAAUGGCCUUAACACUAUCCAGCAUAUUAGGUUUGAAGAGUUUAGCCUCCGGCGGUAGUAAGUCGACCACAUACGAAAUUGUUUCGAAACCUGUAUAUACUUCAAGCCACUCCUAUGAUGAAGGACAUGGUGGCGGACACGGACAUAUGGGAGGUGGCCACAGUGGAAGCGGUUAUGGGGGUUACGCGCGAAAUCUAAAUUUAGAGUCACCAAAUGCGCUGCAGUGAAGAAGUUUAAAAUAUUUAAUCUAGUUUUAAUUUAGUUUGUAAUAAAUUAUUUAAACGUUUUAUAAA